AUGAAUAUAUCAUUCUGGAAUGUAAGAGGAUUAAAUAAAUCAUCUAAACAGCAUUUAAUAAAGUUGUUCUUAUCUCAGUAUCAUCUGUCCUACAUUGCUUUGCUCGAAACAAAGAUUAGAGAAAGCAGAUUGAAGGAUGUAGCAAAGAAAAUUGCAAAAAACUGGAACUGGCUAUCUAAUGUCACUAAUCAUGGAAAAGCUAGGAUAUGGAUUAUGUGGAAUCCAAAUAUUCUUGACAUUCAAGUUAACAAGAUAUCAGAUCAAAGUAUCACCUGCAAAGUACAAUCCUUGGAUGAGAGAAUGAAAUGUGUUAUUACUUCAAUAUAUGGUUUAAACCAAAUGCAAGCAAGAAAGGAUUUGUGGCUGGAAUUGAAGAUGCUACAACUCUCCACUAUAAAUGAACCUUGGCUUUUAUGUGGUGAUUUCAACACUGUUAUCAGUAAUGAUGAAAAGUUUGGUGGAUCAAUUCUUUCUGAAGCUGACACAAAGGAUUUUAGAGAUUGUAUUAAAGACUGCAACUUAAAUCAUCUAAAAACAACUGGUUGCUUUUAUACUUGGAAUAACAAACAAGAUCAAGACUCAAGAGUGUGGAGUAGAUUGGACAUGGCUCUGGUGAAUGAUGCUUGGAUUCACUUGUAUACUUCUAGUCAGGUUGAAUUCUUACUCCCUAGAUUUUCUGAUCACUUCCCUGCUUUGGUAUAUUUUUAUGAUGAGUGUCCAGGUGGGAAGAAACCAUUCAAAUUCUUUAAUAUGUGGACAAAGCAUGAUAGCUUCCUUCUAGUUGUUACUACAAUUUGGCAAACAAAAAUUGAUGAGUAUAAAAUGUACUCAGUUUGCAUGAAGCUUAAGCAACUAAGAGGAGCUCUUAAAGACAUUAACAAGAAGCAUUAUUACAAUAUCAGUGAGCAAGUUCAAAGAGCUAAGUUUGCACUUGAUGAAGCUCAAGGAAACCUCUAG